ACUAGUACUAUAAUAGUAUUUUACUGUGAGGCUGUACGUCCUGUGAGUGCUGUGAUGGAGCUCAAACUGCACCGGUGCACUUGCCUACACCCAUCCCUCGAACAUGACCUACGUCUCAAAUUAUCCAAGUUGGUGGCCAUAUAUCAGUUCAAAUAUUUUCGUCAGCUAUUGGGGAGUUGCCGCAGGCGUCGUGGUGGUAUACGAUUGGGUGUUAACACUCAGACAAGAGAUUGAACUUAUCUGGAGACAACGCUGGUCUCUGAUGACUGUGUUGUAUUUGACUAUACGCUAUAUUGGAAUACCGUUUUCUGUUAUCAAUCUUCUGCCAAUUAUGCCAUCAGUAUCGCUGACAGAUGCAGUAAGCACUAUCACGUACUACACAGAGAGUGUGAUAAAUCUAGUUGUAACUGCCAUGUUGGGUGUCAUCAUGAUUGCUCGGUUGUAUGCCAUGUAUCAUGGAUCUAGAAAGAUGCUUAUCUUCCUUGUUAUUAUCUUCCUGGCUGUAAUCAUCACCUGCGGAGUGAUCUUGGCAAUAGACCUCGAGUAUUCUGUAUGGGAGGAGUUCGUACUCUCUGGCACGUAUAUAUGCUAUUAUGUAGAUGGAGAUGGAGCGAACCACCAGAUUUCGUAUUCAACGGUUUGGAUCCUCUACACUGUUUGGGAGGUCCUCGCACUGUGUUUUUCGAUUUGGAUUGCUGUGAAACACUUCUGUGACCUGCGACGACUCGGCGCAUCAACAGGAUCGACCAUCGGGGACUGUUUCAGAGUGCUAAUACAAUCUCACGUUCUCUAUUUUGCAAGCUUUGUUGGUGUCUCUUGCCUCCAGCUUACUGAACUCUCUCCAGAAAUCGCGAAUUUGAAUUCUAUUGGAGCUCAGAUACUCUAUGGUGCUGUUCAAAUUUUAUUGGUCGUGCAGAUGUUUGUGCUGGGACCACGCCUCAUCCUCAGCGUUCGAGAAUACAAUGCCAAACUCGUGGCAUACUCCGACGCAGAAACUAGCAUGCAUUCGAUUGUCUUCCAUGAGCGUGUACAUGUAUCAACUAGCAGUACUGUAUAG